UGAGGGAAGUUCUUCAAAUUGGGCACAAGUGUCCACUUGAACUGAGAAGAUGUUGAUCAAAAGUCAAGGCCAGUGACCUCAUAUCUGUCCCAUUACUGUGAAUUUGACUGGUUUGUAGAGGCAUACAACCGCAAAGCAGUAAUUUUAGGUUUUGCUUUAAUUGCCAUGUGUAACAUAACAUAAAUGAAAUAAUACAGUGUAUCUUUUAUGUUUUCAUUAUAUGGUUACUUCAUGCUUUAAUUUUGUUGGCUAAUUACACGUUUUGUGAAACUGAUGUGAAUUAUUGGUGUAAUAUUUACAAACCUUUAAGCCUCUGUUAAUCAUAGCCCAAAGGAUCAAAACCAGAUAGUGGUGCAGGUCUAUGCAUGUGUUGCGCAUAUUGUUUGCGUUUUUUCAUUCAACAUAACGUGAAGCGGAACAGCUUUCACAUCUGGUCUGACACGUCAGCUGUAGGUGUCGGACACAUUUAGAUGUUGCACACACGGUACUUCCUGAGUCUUCUGUGUGGAUGUUGACCAACAUAGCCGGUUUUAGGAGAACGGUAGUCAUUUCGUUGUGUUUCUUACCUUGGUUAAGAUGCAACUAAUUUAGUAACAAAAUAAAAUCGAUUGGCUCUGGAAUUCGGGCGUUUGUGUUCUACUGCCAUAACCAGCAGAUAGUUAUAUAUGAAUUCAUUCAUCGCGACGGCUUUUAUAAUUUCACUUUACUUUUUCAUUUCAUCGCAUGUUCUUUGUAUGAUUAUAUUUUCCCCGAUAAAUUUUUUUACUAACGCAACACCUGGCGACUUAAGGUGACUACUGCUAAUUUUAAUUUGCUGAGGGUGCAGCAGGUCUUAUGCCCACUGCUCCAAAAUGGAGCCCUCAGAUUUGAUCACGCACAAGAAUGGGCGGCAGAGGAAGCUGGUGGGUGCUUCCCACCCACGUGAAAACAUGAGGAACAUGGACAGUGGAGAGACAAGUACCUCAGAGCCAGACAUAGAAGAGGGGGCAGAAGGUCUUAUCAAAGGGUCAGGCUCAGAGUCCAGGAGACCCAGAGCCCAGCCUGGGAUUCGUGGCGAGUUGGGGAAUGUUUUACUUCUUCUGUUUCUCUAUGUGCUGCAAGGUAUCCCUCUGGGACUGGCUGGAAGCAUUCCCCUGAUCUUACGGAGUAAGGGUGUCAGCUACAAACACCAAGCUUUCUUCAGCUUUGUCUUUUGGCCAUUUAGUCUCAAGCUUCUUUGGGCACCGCUGGUGGAUGCUCUCUACUUCAGCAGGUUUGGUAGAAGGAAGUCCUGGCUGGUGCCAACACAGUACCUGCUGGGCCUCUUCAUGCUCUACCUUUCUGUACGUGUCGAUUCACUGCUGCAGAGCGAGGGAGGAGCGAAUGUGGUAACACUUACUGCACUCUUCUUCAUGCUCACCUUCCUGGCAGCCACACAGGAUAUAGCUGUGGAUGGCUGGGCCCUCACCAUGUUAUCCAGAGAGAAUGUGGGUUAUGCUUCUACAUGUAAUUCUGUAGGCCAAACAGCUGGCUACUUCCUGGGAAAUGUACUCUUUUUGGCUCUGGAGUCUGCUGACUUCUGCAACAAAUACCUCAGAAUAGAGCCCAAAGCCACAGGCAUCGUUACGUUAUCAGAUUUCUUGUGUUUUUGGGGAAUGGUGUUCCUGUUCUCCACAACACUGGUAGCCAUCUUUAAAAGAGAAAAUGAGCCCGGCAAAGGAAAGAGGAAAGUCCAGGAGGAGACGCAGGGUGUUAUGGAAACCUACAAGUUGCUGUUUUCUAUUGUCAUGAUGCCCACAGUCUUCACCUUUUGUGCCCUGCUUCUCACUGCUAAAAUUGGUUUCUCUGCAGUAGAUGCAGUCACAGGUCUGAAAUUGGUGGAGGCUGGAGUUCCCAAGGAACAGCUGGCAUUGCUGGCAGUGCCCAUGGUGCCUCUGCAGAUCCUUCUACCACUGGUCAUCAGUAAAUACACAGCAGGGCCCAGACCUCUGGACAUCUUCUACAAGGCCUUCCCUUUUAGGUUGCUUAUAGGGCUGGAGUUUGCUCUGCUGGUGUGGUGGACCCCGAGUGUAAAACAAGAAGGAGGCUUCCCUGUUUACUACUAUGUCAUAGUGCUGCUUAGCUACGCAUUGCAUCAGGUAUCGUUGUACAGCAUGUAUGUGGCCUGCAUGGCUUUUCAUGCCAAAGUGAGUGACCCAGUCAUUGGCGGGACCUACAUGACACUACUGAACACCGUCACUAAUCUUGGAGGAAACUGGCCGUCCACUGUGGCUCUGUGGAUGGUGGAUCCACUGACCUCUAAAGAGUGCCGGGGGGCAGUCGGCCAGAGCUGUGGCUCUCCAGAAGAGGCAUGGCUGUGCGUUAAGGAGGGCGGUGCUUGUGUUGUGACAUUGGACGGCUACUAUGUGGAGUCAGUUGUGUGUGUUGUGAUCGGUGUAGUUUGGUGGCUUUGGUUCGGAAAGAAGCUGAGGUCGCUGCAGCAGCAGAGCCCUGCUGCAUGGAGAUGCAGAGUUGACCAGCGAUGACACAGACUCAUGUUGGUUUUGUGCAACUCUGCAUAUUUUGCUGCAAAAACAGCUACUAUAAAGGGUGCACAUACUGUAAUACCAUCCAUCUGGUUUAGUCACUCUGGUCCGGCUCUAGCUGUUAGGUUCUCAGCCUCACACACUGUCACCUUGAAGUGAAUACAUCUGAGGACAUGCACCACUGGUAUCUUCUGCGGAGGUAAAAAAAAAAA